AAGCUGCCACCAAAGCGCGCCAUUCAUAGAAGAAGACGCUUUGCUCUUUUUUUUCCCUAUGGUGUGGUCAAAUGCUACUUACGCCAAAACGGCGGCGUUGCAGCCUAUCCCAUAAAGAGCAUCGGUCAAUCUGUGGCCCGUUUUCGGCAAGGCUGUUAAAGUUAAGUCUUAAUACGACGGUACUUUCUAUAUUAUAAUAAGGUGUUGCAGAGGGGUCCACUUUGAAGGUGGAUGCAUUCACCCGCAGUCUGAUGAUGGAGGAACAAAAAUUCACCUCGGGUGUGAGUUUAACAGGGGGGAUCUGCUUUAGCUGUGAGCAGAUCUUCUCCAGCCAGACAUUUUUGGAGGAGCAUGUCUGCCCCUCCGCAAGUCACAUCUGCUCCUGCGGGACCGAGUUCAGCAAAUACGCGGACAUGCUAAACCACAACAGCACUCAUGAACCGGGACAGCAGGUGCUGGAUCACGAAACGAUAAGGAAGCGCAGGUUUGCAAAGCACAUCGAAGAAGAGGAGCAGCUGAAACGAUUUAAGUCCGGUCAAGUUGUCUGGAAGGUACAAAAAGCCGACGGUGGUCCUGCUUCUUCUUUAUCGAUGAAGCCAGCACCACAAGCACCAAUGGCGUCGGCUUCCUUGCUUCCAAAUACCAUGCGGUCUUCGCAGACCUCGCAAGUGCCUGCCUUGUUCCCGUCGUCAUCCUUGCUCUCGAAGCCUCGCCAAACUGGAAUAGGCAUUCCGAAAAUGUUUUCCGAGGUAGGCGCACCAACGGUGGAUCUUUGGACACUGUACCAGCCUGUGGUGUUGGUGCAAACAGUGCACCGGUAUAACAAAUGGAAGCCGUACACUUGCGUUAAAUGUGGCGAAGGUUUCGUAACCAAGCGUACGCUCAUUUCUCAUGCUUACAGCCACGUCACCGAUAAAGUGUUCGGCUGCAUCGGAUGCGGGUUGCUGCUUUCCAGCAGAAAGUUAGUGCCUCGCUUCCAUGUUUGUAAUUCCCCCAGCGCGACGGCCAAAUUGAAAAUCGUCACGGCGAGGCCGCUAAACUACAAGCCGCCGAUUACAUCCAUAGACCUGACUCAGGAGUCACCGAGGCCUCACGCCACAUACGUCAACAAGAAUAAAAGCCGACAAAUGCUUCAAGUCACUUCAGCCCUGCAGUUGAAAAAUCUAAACAUCCGAUCGUACGGCAGACCCAACGAGGGACCUCCGGCGUCGAUGUACCGGCAGUUGAAAAAGCAGAACUCCAUCAUCAACACGUCCCACAACUCAGUCGCGUCCGUUAAAAGCAAUUUUAAGUAUCCUUCCUCGCCGGCAAUGAGCUUCCUCAGCCAACCCGUGCAGAACCCGUCAGACGGCGACGAGGUCACAUGUCGAGUCUGUCACGUCCCGUUCGAAAGCACCCAGCAGCUCCAACGGCACAAGUGCGCCAAAGCCGAGGAGUUCAUGGCCAAACACGGGCGCUUUGGCAAGCUGAUAAAACCCAAGAGAAUCAUGACGAUGGUUUCCCAGCCCGGUGUCGCUCAAAUCAACGGCGAGCGAAAUCACACUUUCCAAGCCGGCGGCCAGAAAGAACAAGCCCGCUCCGACAAAGGCGCAAGCAAUGUGGAUACAGAAGAUGAUUUGGAAGAUGAUUGUUACAUUGUGGAAAGCCAACCGGAGAAACCUGCUGAAAUGAUCUACCAGGUGACCUCAUCUGUCCCAAUUAAAACUUGACCAGUGUACAUGUCCUUCAUGGAGCGAUUACGGUCCCCAGGCGUCAACAUCAUCCGAUUACAUGCAUUCCAAAGGAAUAUCCUCUUUUCUGACACUUUUUAAACUUAAAAAAAAAAAUCCAUGUAUGCGUGUAGAGUGGGUAGAAUUGAUUAAUUUUGCUGGACCCACAUUAAAAACAUGAAAUGUAUGUAUAUCCAUCAGUGUAUUUAUACGUUGGCUUCAAGUGAUAAGAAUGAAAUGUGUGGUUUAGCCAUGUUUCAUUUCAGCAACAAGGCACUGUAUUAUACUUUUCUUGUUUUUUGUUUUUUGUUUCCUUUCCUAAAUUAGGUUUUAGUGUGAUCAGAAUGUGUUAGGCUGUAAGAUUUUACCUCCAUGAAAUGUUACAAAUUUCCCCACUGAGGGACGAAUAAAGGCGUAUCUCUUACUUCCCGCUGUUGUAUUUUAAAACAGUAUGUAUUAUUAAACUAUAUUUUCAAA